AUGAGUAUCGUGCUCGCUCAGACUUCUGCGACGCAAUAUGUCCCCAAAUAUCUCUUUGUUUCGGCCGACUGCCAUCGAGGGACGGGCAAAAGUCGCCAUGUCAUGAAAGAAUUUCUCCGCAAGCGCAAAUCAAUCCGCCGCCAGGAGCAAUUGGCCGCACGAUCGCAAAGCCGUGUGCUUCCCUGGCUACGUCGAGAAGAUAUGGAACAAAUGGGGCCUCGAAUAGAUUCCUCUCCCGCGGUCAUAAAUGGCGGAGGAUCCUCCGAGGCUCCAAGUGACUCCAGUUCGAGACCUACUUCUCCUCAACAAACUCAAAGGACAGUUGUUAGCACAACAGGCCAGUUGCACUCGCCAUCAUGUCUCGCUUCGCCGCGCUCUCUUCCCGACCCAACAGAGCCCCCGGAGAACUGCAUGAACGCUCCUGACAACUCGCAUGAGCUGCUUGACUACUUGAACCGUUCCGUUAUAUGUCGACUGUACGAGACCGACCAGUCGAGCAACGUCAAUUCUCCAGCGACCGCCAUGGUGAGCCAUAUCAUACCUCGCGCAGUGCCGGCGCGAAUACUCCUCGCAAUUUCCAGUCUUCAUCAUGAUAUCGACGCAGGGCACCAAACACCCAGCUCAACAACCCUCAGCUUGAUGCUCGAAGGCAUCGGCUCCCUAAAAGAGCAACUAAAAAGUCCUCUGGCGGUGUCCGACGACACCAUCCUGGCCGUAAUCAACCUAUGGGUAUACGAAGUUACGUUAUCGAUAGGAUCCUCUAAGAGUGGGUCGAGCUCCGGGGCCAACCAAGGGAGAAUACUCCCCAAGUCAUUGACCGACAAUAUCCAGACACAUUUGAAUGGGCUUCAACGAUUCAUCGAGUGCCGCGGCGGGUUGCGCAACCUUUUACCAGAGACCCUGUGGCUUCUUGCUUGGUGUGUUUGUACCCUCCCAGGAUAUUCCCCUAUCGACACCAGGAUGAUGGCGCCCGACGCUGGCAGAGACGGAGCCCCGCGAGCAGGGGCCAGCACCUCCUACCGCCCGUCCCGACUGUUUGAGACACUGUCCAAGGUUCAAAAGCACGCAUCAUUGCGUCGUUUUCAGCCAAACGUCCUCCACGAACAACCAUUUGCACCCCUGAGAACCGUACUGUUGCGAUUGAACGUGAUGAGGCUUGCUCUCCACGGCCAAAAGACGCCGAUGAACAGACUCCGCAAGACGACAUCGCUGAUAUCAACGUUACUCUUCAUCUUCGACGUCUUCCAGGAGGCGACCGACUCCGCUCACGGAGGAAACCCCAUCCACAAAGACCAAUUGCUUGCCGUCCAGCAGCGAUUCGUGGAUCACCAAAUCGACAAAGAAGGCUCCCUCGAAAAAGCCUGGCACGUCCUCAUGACGCAGCAAGAGACUCCGCAGCUGCAACUUCAUCCGAGGACUUGGUCGAUUGUGGAGAUGGUCAAUGCGAUCAAGCACGUGCAUAUUUCCACAAUCGAUGCCCUUUCGCAACUCUUGCUUGGGUAUCUACUUCCCGAGACUUGCGACCUCCCGGUCGAAGAUUUCAGAUGCGAAAAGGUUCUGCUGCAAGUUUACUUUGAACUAGAUGGUCUGCCUGAUCUCACCUGA